CACAUAUUAUUAUUUAAAGUAAUUUGAUCGUUCAGUUGAUUAGAUUUAGUUCAUAUGCCAAAGUUCAAUGUUAAAUUACCGUCAUAAAAUCUAUAUUAACAAUAUCGAUUCAUUUCUAGAACGUCUUUAGAGUUCAUCUAGUUCUACAUCGUAUAGAAUAAUAUUCAUACAGUGAUUGUGACAGUUUUAUAAAAAUGCGCGCCUACAUUUUAUUUUUCAUCGUGAUAGCUUUUUUUCAAAGUGAAGGUGUAAUGAUUUGUGACAUAUGUGACUGCCAGCAGAAAAGUGGACCGUCUACAGUCGAUGUAGUAGUAAACUGCUCCUCCCACGAAGGAUUGCUUGAAGUGUAUCCUAUUCUACCAGAUGCGUUCAUUACAUUGGAUUUGUCCAGAAACAACUUAACAAGCAUUCAACCUGCGAGUAUUUUCCAAUCAGAAACAUUAGUUGAACUAUUAUUAAACAGAAAUUUCUUAAAAGAAAUAAAUUUAUAUUCGAACCGAUUGCCGCAACUGAAAAAAUUAGAUUUAAGUGAAAACGAACUUGAACAAUUGAAUCCUAAUUUGUUUAAAAGUUUUACAAAGUUGGAAUAUUUGAAUCUCGCCAGUAACAAGUUUACUAGUAUGAGUCAACUGAAUUUCAACUCUUUGGUGAAUUUAAAAGAGAUCAUUCUUGACAAUAAUAAUAUAGGAGACGAUAUAGAAACAAGAUCACUGUUUGAUGAACAAGGCUACGGGCUACCAUUAAAUAUACAGAGUAUCUCUAUCAGCGGCAUCAAAUUAAAUCAUUUAAAUUUGGAAUAUUUCAAACCAGUUGACAAAACAUUGAGGAAGUUAGUAAUAUCUAAUAAUAAUCUUACAAUAUUUGUAAAGUUACCUCAGCGCUUAGAAUAUUUGGAUUACUCCAAUAAUCCCAUUAGAAAUGUAUCAUCAAAUGAUUUCUACUUGUUGGAGCCUUUGGUAUAUUUGAGAGAGUUGAAACUCAACAAUCUAGUCAUCGAACAGGUACCCCAAAAUGUAUUCUCAACAUUAAUGCUCACUAAUUUGGAAUUGAAAGAUAAUAAAAAUUUAAAAGAAUUCAGCAAUUUAACAUUUGGCAGACAAUUGUUGAGUGACACAUAUGAUUUCUACCUAGAAAACCUGACACUAAGAGGCUCAAAUCUCUCCACUCUCGACAAAGGAUUGUCAGUUUUAUUUGUGAAGGUGAAAAGAUUGGACCUACAACAGAAUCCGUGGGUAUGUGACUGCCGACUUGCCUGGUUACGGAAAUUAUCAAUAGCUCCUGAUUUAACUGAUGAUUUAAGAUGCCGGUCACCAAGCUAUCUCUAUAAUAAAAAAAUUUUCGACUUAGAUGAAAAAGACUUCGUUUGUCUUAAGUCGUGGUGGAACGAAUCCGAGACAAUUGGUCUCGUAUUUUAUUCGUUACUUGUUUUUGUAACUUUCACCUGGAUUUAUGUAUUUAUAUAUCACCCAGACCCUAAAGUGAAUAGGCAAGAAUAUUCUAAAUGUACUUGGCACCAGACGAAUCAUCACAUAAACAAAAUGCGAACGUUUUAUAUACUUUUCGCUCUUAUUGCAUAUAGCUUUAAAGUUCAAAGUACAACGCUCUGUGACAGUGAUUUUUGCGUGUGUCGACACAAUAAUAAAAGUGAUCGGGAUCUUGCUGGUGAAUUCGUUGUAUGCUCUUACGACCCUGCUGUUUUAAACAGGAUCUUUGGGCUACCGGAAACAGUGUAUUCAUUGGAUUUGUCAAGAAAUAAUUUGACUAUUGUACGAAAUUCGGGUUUGCUCCAAUCCAAUACGUUGACGGAACUGUAUCUCAAUUGUAAUCAAAUACGCGAAAUAAAAGAAAAUGCAUUGCAAUUACCAAAACUGAAAAGGCUGGACUUGAGUGACAACGAGUUAGAAGUUAUACACGAAGACGCAUUUAAAUAUAUAAAAAAAUUAGAAUAUAUUAACUUGGCUAAUAAUAGGUUAACAUCGUUCGAAAAAAUAUCAUUUCAUCAUUUAGGUAACUUGAACGAAAUAAUUCUAAACAAUAACGACCUUGGAGCCAGUCUUGAAGACAAUAAUUUGUUCGACCGUAGCGGGUAUGGACUGACGCAUAAAAUACAAUCACUGUCGUUAAGUGGAAUAAAUCUAAACGUUGUCCAUGAAAAUUUCUUUGUAGAUGCGUUCGAUUUAAAAAAAAUAGUGAUUUCAAACAAUAAUUUAGUGGAUGUAUUUGAGAUACCAUUCACACUGGAAUAUUUAGAUUUAUCUGAUAAUCCGAUUACACAAAUAUCUGGAGAGGAUUUUGACGAUUUAUUAGCUUUGAAAGAAUUAAAAUUGAACAAUCUUCAGAUAAAACAAAUACCAGAUUACGCAUUUGCAUCUUUACAUGCCCUUAAAAAUUUAGAAAUUGAGAGAAAUAGAAACCUUACAGAAUUCAGCCCUAUGGCUUUUGGGCAAGAAAUACUAGAGGAUGCUGACGAUUUUGCGUUAGAAAACUUAUCCUUGAAAGGAUCGAGAUUAAAAACACUGGACCAAAAGUUGGAAGUUCCAUUCGGACAAUUGAUAAGACUGGACCUGCAGGGAAACUUUUGGAAUUGUGAUUGUAAUCUUGUGUGGAUAAAGAAAUUACAAAUACAAAAAGAAGAUUACGAACAUCUAAGAUGCUUUACACCGAAACCAUUGUACAACAGCCGGAUUUUCGACUUGAAGGAAAGAUAUUUUUCGUGUCCAGCAAAUACUCGCAAUGUGGGCACAAUCAUAGCUGUGAUCUCUUUUUGUGUGCUAUUAACUAGUAUAGCCUUGUGGAUAUUCCUGUUUCUGCCGAAAUAUCAAUCUAGGUGUAAUUUUGUAAAUAACAUACCCGUUCCAACUGCGGGUUACACUGUGUUGCCAGUACACGCACCUAUACAAAAUCGAUAAAUAUUAAUUUUAGAGCAUAUUUUGCAAAACCAUGAAAAUACUAUUAAAGUAUAAUUAUAGUCAAUCUUACAGUACAAUUAUGCUUCAGUAUUAGACAUAAUUAUUACCUAUACGAAUUAAGUAUCAUCCAGUUCGCCAGUUACGUUAAGCCACGUAUACGUUCGACUAGUGUGUUCGGUCGACGUUGGGCCAAUAUACCUUCAUUGAUCACACUAAGAGCAGCUUGAAGUAAUGUUCACAUGGCGUUGGUAGUUUUUAUUUAUUUAUUUAUUAAUUAGUAUAACAUAGAUGUAGAGUAGGUCCCAUAGACAUCGACGCCGUAAGAAAUGUAAAUUAUUUCUUGCAUCGCCAAUGCGCCACCAAUCUUGGGAACCAAAAAUGUAAUUUACUUCUAUAUUAAUAAGUAUCUAUUUAUAAGUACUAAUAAAAAGUGCUGUUUAGCAGUAGAAUAAACGGUGAGUAGGUAGUACCUACCCAGGGCACAAAACCCCUACCAUUAAAUCAUAAGCCAUUCAAUAAGGAUUUCAAUAAAUUUAAAACUAAGUUAUAAAACAAUAAAAGAUAAGUGACCCACUAAA